UCGGCCGACCUUAAAUUAAGCAAGUAAAGGUUUUAAGAGAGAGAAACCCUCAAGAAACCUCCCACCGACUGCCCCUUCUUCUUUCUCUCUGUACCCCCUUCUUCUCUCUCCUUAAAACCCAAUAUGUUGUUGUUAUGUUCUUCACCAUCAUUAAUGGUUGUAUAAAACAUAAGUCUGAUCUUUGUGUUGAGAUAUAUAUAUAUAUAUAUAUAUAACUAUGGGAAAUUGUGUGUUUAAAGGGUUUGGAGGGGUUGAAGAUAUGAUCAAAGUAGUGACAUCCAACGGUGGAGUGAUGGAGCUAUACGCACCGGUCACGGCGGAGUGCAUCACCAACGAGUUCCCCGGCCACGCCCUCUUCCGAAGCCGUGACCUCUUCUCCGAACCUCUCCUCCACAACGAAGAGCUUCACGUUGGAGAACUAUACCAUCUGCUACCACUCAACACCACCACCACACCAGCCAAGAAACCUGAUGAUACAAGACAUCAUGACAGUAACAACAACAAAAACAUUAAUGUUGUGUCUACUUCGUCUUUAGUCACGCCGUAUCGGAUGUCAUGCGACAACCAGGGCGUGUUGAAGCGGUCGGAUGCAGAGGUUUUUCCGAGGUAUAACAGCAGCGGGGUGUGGAAGGUGAAGCUGGUGAUAAGUCCGGAGCAGCUGUCGGAGAUAUUGUCUCAGGAUGCUCGAACGGAGGCCUUGAUAGAGAGCGUGAGAACGGUGGCUAAGUGUGGGAGUGCUGUUCCGUCGGUGGCCAAUUCCGAUCAAUGGAGUCUGUCUAGCAGUUGGAAGGCCUCUUCCGAUCACAAAUAUUGUGGUACUGAUCAUAGUUAGGGCAAUUCAACAGACAUGAUAGCCUUUGUUGUUUUUUCUUGUCCCACUUUUCUUGAUUUAUCUUUAGUUUAUAAAUAUUGUUAAUUAGUUUGUGAUUAUGUUCAUAGUGCAAUGCAUUUAAUUAAUGAACUUGGCCUUUACUUAUUAUUAUUAUGGUUAGUUUCUUAAA